AAUUACGUUGGACCCGCCUCCCAACUGUAGGAACCCCAGCCCCAUAAUGGGGAAGGUCCCACCAGUGCGAAGGCCCCAUAUGGGGGCCCCUCCCCUAGUGAGGACAUGUACCCCCGAAGAGGAGUCCCCCUGGCCGCUGGCCCCUGCCACCCCACCACUGCUGGACCCAAAGGAGACAACAUUUAUGAAUGGAGGUCAACUAUAUUGGGACCCCCAGGAUCUGUCUAUGAAGGAGGGGUGUUCUUUCUUGACAUUACCUUUUCACCAGACUAUCCGUUUAAACCCCCCAAGGUUACCUUCCGAACCAGAAUUUAUCACUGUAAUAUUAACAGCCAAGGCGUGAUCUGUCUGGACAUCCUGAAAGACAACUGGAGUCCGGCCCUCACCAUUUCUAAAGUUCUCCUGUCCAUCUGCUCUCUUCUUACAGACUGCAAUCCCGCAACAACUAUAGCAGCUUCAUUUUGCAGUUGAGAAAACCGAGGCACGGAGAAGUUAAGUCCUUUGCCUGACAUGACACAGUUAUCGGUGGAACCGAGGUACAAAGGCAGGCAGUCUGGACCCGGAGCGCACCCCCUUUUCCAUCAUACUGGACUGGUUUUGUUUGUGUUUCUUUGAGAAUAUAUGUGUUGUCUUAAGAAAAGGGAGUCAGCAUUUCUUUGCCAUGUGAUUUCUCCCAUACCACCUACCAAACCAAGAGAGAAUGUUCUUUGGCCUUGCAAAUGGAAUCACUGGGCAGCUCGGCCAUCUGCCCCUCGUUCUCCGCUCCCUCUAACCACUUAGCUGCUUCUUACCCCCUUUAGUCUUCUUUUUUCUUUUUUAACAUCUUUAUUGGGGUAUAAUUGCUUUACAAU